AUGGUUGUUUGACAUUGUCAACCCAUCAUCAAGCGUGAAGAAAAACCUCAAGCGGUGUAUGGCUUUAGGUGGAAACAAUUUUGAAGAGGUUCUAGUCUAGUCUUCUACUCAUGUGUGUUUUUGUUUGAGGUUCGGUCAAGUGCUUCAAUUUGUUAAGUCUAAUCAUGUCGCAGCAUGGUGCUUUAUCUCGCAUGGCUCAAACCAUUGCUCACGUUAUUAAUGUCAACUUCGGUCCUACGCGCAUGACUUGUGUAAUAUCCUUCGAGCGUACUCGUCCUUCAAAAUAGAUAUCUCACAAGCAUCCGGUCUCCUGCUUAGUGUCGUGACUUGAUUCGUCGGCCUGGUAUGUGGUUAACCUAAGGUGUCGCAAGGUAGGUAGAAUUUUAAACGAAUGUCUCCGCCAUGUCAGCAACGAGCCAAUUAUCAUAAGAUACAUCUCAUAUAUAUUACCGAAAUAAUUUUUAUCAAAUUAACAAAAUUCAUUGAACAAUACAACCGAAUGCAGAACCACCUCUUCUCGUUCACCGGCCGUCGUGUACCACUCUCUCUCCGCCGCUUCCUCAGCCAAUCCACCGGCAACGACCUCUACGACCCGCCGUUUACCCCAUCACCAAAACCGCACAAAGCAAACAAUGAAAAGAAGCAGAAGAACAACAACAAAAACAACAGCAACUUCAACAAUGGAGCUCCGAAUAUCAAACCUGACCCGAAUCUUCCAUUGAAAUCGGACCUUCCAUUCGACUUCAGGUACUCUUACUCAGAGACAGACCCCAAUGCGACACCCAUCAGCUUCCGCGAAUCGCCCAAGUUCUCGCCGUUCGGACCGGGACGGCUUGACCGGAAAUGGACCGGGACUUCGGCUCCGGUUGGUAAGGAAGUGGACCGGGUUAGGUUGGAAGAGGAGCGGAGCCGGGUGCUCGGAGCACCGCUUGAGGAGGAGGAGGUGGCGGAGCUUGUUGAACGCUACCGUCAUAGUGACUGUGCUAGGCAAAUUAAUUUGGGGAAGGGGGGAGUAACUCACAACAUGUUGCAUGACAUCCAUAACCAUUGGAAGAAGGCUGAGGCUGUGAGGAUUAAGUGCUUGGGUGUGCCAACUCUUGACAUGGACAAUGUUUGCUUCCACCUUGAGGACAAAUCUGGCGGGAAAAUUAUCUACCGCAACAUUAAUAUACUGCUCAUUUACAGGGGACGGAAUUAUGAUCCCAAGAACCGUCCAGUUAUUCCUGUUAUGCUGUGGAAGCCUUAUGCACCGAUAUACCCUAAGCUUGUGAAGAAUGUAAUUGAAGGCUUGACGCACGAGGAAACAAAAGAAUUGAGAAAUAAGGGAUUGAAUGCAGAUCCUCUGAUGAAACUCACUAGAAAUGGUGUUUAUGUGAAUGUGGUGGAGAGGGUGAGGGAAGCUUUCAAUACUGAGGAGGUUGUGAGACUGGACUGCACUCAUGUGGGUAUGAGCGACUGCAAAAUGAUCGGAGUGAAGCUAAGGUGCAGGAUUUAGUACCAUGUGUCCCUAUCUUGUUCAAGGAUGAGCAGAUAAUCAUCUGGAGAGGAAAUUUAAGUCAAGAACAACCUUCAGAUGCAUAAGGGAGUAUUUAAAUUAGAGGGUCUACAAUGUGAAUGAGGAAAUGUUAGUUAGGUAAAGUUGACAUUUUGAUUCAGUCUAUAUAUUCAACAUCCUUGAGUCCCUGACCAUGUAAGUGUUCAAAGUUCCCGUUUUCCUUUAUAUGGAAAAAUUCAAGGAUACUUGUCUAAGUUGUGGAUCACACACGUUAAUGCAAAGGCUAGAGACUCAUGCUACCUGAGACAGCAUGGUAGUUAUUCAAAAGGUUUCAUGAAGAAAGGAGCAGCUAUGGAGCAAGACAAACAGUUUUGGUCACUAAAUUGAAGAAAGAAAUAUCUUGAACCUGUAGGAAAGGAUCUACUCACUUCUUUUUUUUUUUUGGGUAAAGUAAGUCAUCAAAGCCAUUGAUUGAGUUGUUUUAUUGACCUUUCAAAAUAGGUAAUCACUAUGAAUGGUUGUGAUGACUUACUUUACCUUCCAAAGGGACUCUCAGUUUAGAGCUAAAUCCUUCUCAUUUUAUGUAAUUGUUUCAGCAAUUGUAGUAUGUUCAAAGUCCGCAAUGAUUUGUACAAGUAUAUGGUUUAAUUAUUAGAAGAAAUGGUUUUAAAACA